AUGCCACGCACAGCCGGACUCUUUAACUGUUUAAUCCGCACACAUCACAUCACGUCACGAAAGAAGCUCCAGCGCGUCCGGCGCGCAGCCCAACAGCUCAAUGUAGACUGGCUGCUAGUGCGCAGCGGCGGAUCGCCAGGCAUCAUGUUCGCCGAAGGCCGCGACGCGGCGGGGCUGACCGAGUGGGUAGCGAGCGUCCAGGCACUACGAUACAAAGAUUUCCGAUGCGUCGCGAAGCCUGCCCCCGUGGAGGAUACGGGCAAGAGGGCUAUGGGGUUUGACGAGACAGAGUCUGUGGCGGAGUUUGCUGAGGAGAUGGAGGGGAGGGGGUUGGGGACGUGGUGGAGGAGGGCGAUGGGAUACGAGAAUGGUGGAUGAAAUGACUUCAAUUGGCUAUUGACGCGUGGUUUUUUGUCCGGUUUACGAGUACGCCGCGCGGCCUUGAGGGUACGUUUGACGAGGGAUCAUCAGGUGGCAAAGGUUUGAGGGGAUCGCGACGAGGCUAGUUUCUUGGUCUGUGUUUCAUGAGGUGAGGUUGUUUACUGGUUGAAGAACGAUGCUUACAUGAAGUUAGGAUUGAGGCGGAGUAGAUGAUCGGGAUUGAAAAGAUGGUAUCGCAGGGCUAGCUGAGAAGAUGCCGCCUGGUGUAAAAAUGUGUACACUACGGGUUAAGCCCAAGAGAAGAUGCCACUUCCUAAUGAGCGCACAUGUGCAUUCGCGAUAUUCGUCACAGGAGGGUACUGGAGCUAUGUCUAUGGAUUAUGGUUGCAAAGAGAGGUCUAAGGUAUACUGGUGACAUCUCGCUGGCCUGGUCUAUAUACCUGCUCAAAUAUGGACAACAUG